CCUAACUCUCCUCUUCUCCAACCUCAGAUCCAGUCGCCGCCGCCUCCAACCUCGGCUCCGACCAUCCUUGUCCAAGAUCCGGCGAUCUCCAGCCAUACCCAUCCAGCCCUAUAGCUAGAUACAUCUCUCCCUCGUCCAGAUCUAGCCAUCCCUGCGCCGAAUCUGUCUAAGUCGGCCAUGGCUGCAGCCGCCUCCAGAUCUGCCAUGGCUCCGCCCUCGGCUCCAAGCUCGUCGGACUACACCAAGUCCGUCAAGCAAAUCCCCUACAACAUCUCCGUCCUCGAGAUCUCCGAUCCCAUUACUUUCCUCGGUCUUCUCGAUGCUCCCUCCACUGCCAGCCAUCUUCUUGAAAAAGCCGGGUGCAAGACUUUUGCUGGUCUCGUCGAGAGCUCGGGAGUUCUGAAGAUGUUAGAGGCUGUUGAGGACAAGGGGCUGACACUGUUUGUGCCUAACGACGAGGCUUUCAAGGCUAAGGGGAUUCCGGAUCUGAACAAGCUCAGUAGCGCUGAGCUUGUGACGUUGCUGCAGUACCACGCGUUGCCGAGUUAUUCUCCGAAGACGUCGUUGAAGGGAACUGAUCGUCCCAUCGCCACCAGUGGAGCUGGCAAGUUUGAUCUGACUGUGAGUUCUCAUGGCGAUGAUGUGAGCUUGAAGACUGGAAUGGGGAGUUCUCGCAUUGCAGAGACGGUUCUUGAUGAUACCCCGGUCUGUAUUCUAACUGUGGAUAGUAUCUUGCUGCCGUCAUAG